AUGUCCCAGUCUAUCGACAAGAAAGCUAAAAAGCGCAAGCAUGCCUCGGCUGACAUUGGCCAAGGCGUUGAGCCAUCUACGAAAAGGGCCAAGAAGGACAAGGCCGAGAAGGGGAAUAAGGUCAAAUCCUCCAGCAAGUUGGACAAGGGCAAGGCGCGCGCGACAGAUGGCGGGAACGAAUUCCGCGUCGUACAGGCCUCUAUGGUAGUCUCAAUCCCGCCCGUCUUUGCGAACAAUCUACAAGCAGGUGUGGAGGAUAUGCUGGACUCGCUGCUUAUGAGAUACAUACCAGCUUUGCAAGGUGUCGUUUUGGCCCACGACAAUCUGCGCUUCUUAGACUCCGUAGCCACCGUCAAAGCCGACUGUCCGUUCACAAAUUGUCGGAUAGCGUUCGACGCCACUGUCUGGAGCCCGCAAGCGGGCAUGAAACUUGUCGGCAAGGUCAAGCUAUGUUCUCCCGACCAUGUUGCUUUGCUCGUGCAUCGUACAUUCAACGUCUCAAUACCUCGGCACCAUAUACCCACUGAACAAUGGGAGUUUGAGUAUGGCCCGGCGGAAAACGACCCAGAAUUUGGCACAGAUACUGCCGCUGAGGAGAUGGAGAUGCAGUUGGAUCCUGAGAGCGCGGCGGACACCGGAUUGGAGGGUACCGGACGAUGGGUACAUAAACUCACGGGGACCAAACUUGGUAGUAGCGACGGAUACCUGGAGUUUACGGUUGUCGGUCUUACAAUCGCAAAUCAGAUGCUUUCCCUCGUUGGGUCAAUUCAGCUCGACCCUUUCUCUCCCAAACAUAUCCCAACACAUUCCACUCCAACGACAUCCGAUCCGCAAGCUGCGGCACGUACAUCGGGACCCGCCGAAAUCACAGAAAACCUACAAGAGUUGGGGCUAGACGAGGAUGUGGACAGUGAGGAAGACACCUUCGGGAUGCUUGGGCGCAUGGGCGACGAAGCUGCCGCGCGAGAGGCGGAACGACGUGCCCAGGAGGAAGGGGCGGCGAAAAAGGACAAGAAGCGGAAGCGGAAGGAGGCAAAAACGCAGGCAGAAGGAGAAUUGGGCGCUGCGUCCUCCCAUGGCAAAGCUAAGAAAAAGAAGAGUUAGCGCUGUCGUUCCUCUGUUCUGAGUGUGCAGGUUUUUUUCAUGAUGUUGCACAGUUCACAGACUUCUUUCAGCGUGUCGCGGGCUGUAACAUGUUGUGUGCGGUAUGAUUGGCCUCAUGAUCAGGCAUCCCC